AUGAGUCAUCCGUUAUCGCUUAUAUGGUCAGUGUUCUAUAAAAUAGAGAAUGAAGAAGAGCCAGAGAAGGCUGGCUUACACACACUCGGUAGGUUCGAAUCUCUUGAACAAUUUUGGGAUUUAUACACUCAUCUAAAAAAACCGAACGAAGUACCUGACUUAUUAGUAGGAUUUUUCAAUAAGUCAUUUAAAAUGGAUCCAUUUGAUCCGAAUUUGGAGAAUGGAGGAAUAUUAAUGAUUCCAAUUCCGAAAGAAUUACUAUUAUACCAAUGGGAACGAUUAAUAUUUGCCGGUGUAGGCGGUCGGCUUGAUAAAGGUGUUGCUGGAUUUACAUUAAAAUAUAAUGAAGCAAUUAUUUCAAUUUGGGUACAGGAUAAGAGGCUAAUGGACUUUGUUGAAGACAAUAUAGUCGAUGUUCUUGGAAUAGACGAUGAUGUACAAAUAACUAGAGCUUCUAUUACUUAA